UGCGCCAUAGGUGUGGUAAAUAAACGUAAGACUCAGAGAUUCGCAUGUGCUGUGGGAUACACCUCAUCCACCCCAUCUAGGAAUGCCUAGCAGCCUAAAAACAAAGAAACUAGUUGUGCAUGAAGAAAACACAGUCAUGAGUAUGUGUGUGUGUGCGUGCGUGUGCGUGCAUGUGUUUAAAAUUGGGAGUGGCCAGACAGGUCGUUCCAUGAGACUGCAAACCUCACCUGCACUCACAAUUUUUUAGCAGUCACCAUGUACUGAAGGUGUCUGUGUGUGAGAGACGCGAUUUAGUGACAGCCAAACAACAAACAGAAGAAACAUAAACACAGACUUCACACAACUGGGGAUGAGUGAACGUUUCAGAGGUGGCCUCCCGGGGUCCUCAAGCCCAGGGCUGAGGCUUAUUCUCUUGGGGAACCUGGGAUGUGGAAAGACUUCAUCAACAGACACCAUCCUGGGCCAACUGUCCCCCAUCUCACCCACUGCCUCCAGGAGCUGCCAGCUGCGGCAGGGCAUCACCGAGGGCAGGGACGUGACUCUGGUGGAGGCGCCGAGAUGGUACUGGAACGGCGGCAAGAUGGAGAAAAGUGUCCGGGAGGAGACGGAGCGAGCAAUGACUCUGGUAGCUCCAGGUCCACAUGCCAUUUUGCUGCUGGUGCCAGUUAGCCAGUUCACGGAGAUGGAAGGUCGUGUACCUGCAGAGCUGGAGGAGGUGUUCGGGGCGGAGUCACUGGAUCACACCCUGGUCCUCCUGACAUGUGGAGACUACUUGAUGGGAAGAACAGUGGAGGAAUACCUGCAGACUGAACACCCAGGCCUGCGGCAGAUAAUUGGGCGAUGUGGGGGGAGGUACCAUGUCAUCAACAAUCGCCAACGACAGGACAGGGAACAGGUGCAUGCACUGCUGGAGAAGGUAGACAACAUGGUGCAACAAAAUGGGGUAUACCACAUGAAGACAACCCAGGAGCGAGAAUUGGAUAAACAAGUGAGCGAGAGACGACAAGAAAUUAUGGGAAGUUACAGGUCUCAAAGGGAAGAGAUGAGAGAUGUCACAUCGAGGCGCAUCGUGACCACAGAAACGCAGAGGAGCAUCGUUAGUGGAGACGAGGGUGGCAGCACCUCAGUGAGAAGACGACAAGAAAUAUAUGACCGGGAGGGGGGAGUGAGUGUGACACAAGCGGCGAAUGGUCUUCAUUCAGGUCCAUCACCAGAGCGACAGUCAUACUCUGAGCUGUAUGAUGACAGGCAGGUGAAUAGGACGCCCAGUUUCAGACUGAAUGCAGAUGGAGCUAUACUCUCGCAAAUGUCUGACGUUGCAUCAUCUCCAACAUCUACUAAGAGGGUUACUACUUUUCAUCACAGAAUCAACAGCUUUGAGGGGAGAUCUCCUGAGGCCUCUCCUACUUCUCCUCACUUACCUGUAUUCUCAUACCCCUCCUCAUCACCAGCUUUUACUCCCACCUCUUCAUCCUCAUUCCGCUCAUCCUACUCAACCUCUAAAUCAACCUUUGCUGAAACCUCACCCUCCUCACCCACCUCAACCUCCUCAUACCCCUCAUCCUACUCAACCUCUUCAUCAGCCUUUGCUGCAACCUCACCCUCCUCACCCUCCUCAUUCCCCUCAUCCUACUCAACCUCUAAAUCAACCUUUGCUGAAACCUCACCCUACUCACCCACUUCAACCUCCUCAUACCCCUCAUCCUACUCAACCUCUUCAUCAGCCUUUGCUGCAACCUCACCCUCCUCACCCUCCUCAUUCCCCUCAUCCUACUCAACCUCUAAAUCAACCUUUGCUGAAACCUCACCCUCCUCACCCACCUCAACCUCCUCAUACCCCUCAGCCUAUUCAACCUCUAAAUCAACCUUUUCUGCAACCUCAACCUCCUCACCCUCCUCAUUCCCCUCAUCAUAUUCAACCUCUAAAUCAACCUUUUCUGCAAACUCUUCAUCCUCAUUUCCCUCAUCCAACUCAACCUCUUCAUCAGCCUUUUCUGCAACCUCACCCUCGUCAACCUCCUCAUUCCCCUCAUCCUAUUCAACCUCUUCAUCAACCUUUGCUUCUGCUUCACCCACUUUGUCUUCCUCAUUCCCCUCCUCCCCUUCACUGUGGUCAUCCUCUCCGGAGCUGCGCCUGGUGCUUCUCGGUCGAUCUGGAGCAGGGAAGAGUGCGGCUGGCAACGCGAUCCUGGGGCGGGAAGAGUUCAAGUCGCACCCGGACAGUCUCACAGCCAUCACUCAGGAGUGUCAAAAAAAGAAAGCACUGGUUGAAGGAAGAAAGGUGGCAGUGGUGGAUACUCCAGACUGGUUCAAUUCAGAGCUUACUCCAGAUGAAGUGCGUGCUCAGAUCUCCUCCUGUGUUGCUUUGUCCAGUCCUGGUCCCCAUGCCUUCCUCCUCUGCGUCCCUUUGGAUCAGCCUGCAAAGACCGAGAUCCAGGCACUCAGAGCUAUUGAAACAGUGUUUGGCCCUGCAGCAGUCCAGAAUUACACUCUGGUUCUGUUUACUUACGCAGACAAACUGAGGGAGACUGGAAAGGCAGGAAACAACAGCGUGGAGGCCUACAUUGCCAACCAGCGGGGGGAUUUUUUGAGCCUUGUGGAGAAAUGCCGGGACAGGUUUCAUGUGAUGGAGAAUGAGAGGGGGAAUGUGGCAGAGCUGCUCGACAAGGUGGAGCAGACUGUGGUGGAAGCCGGAGGACAAUGCUACUCUUCUCCUGCUUUUCAGGAGGCAGAGGACAGAGUGAGGCAGAAGCAGUUCGAGAUAGCAAGGGAGAAAAAAGGCAAAAAGCCAGAGGUAGGAAAAGUAGAAGACGUUGUUCAGCUGAGCUCUGAGAGGCGGGUUCUCUAUCCUUACAUGCAGACUGUAGCUGAAGCAGAAGAGGAAGUGAGAGAGGAUGAGAUUGAGAAAACAAGGGAUGAGGCAGAGAUGAGGGUAAGCACCAUGGACAUCCAAAGUCUGCCUCCUAUUACACUUUCAAGCAUAUCUCCUUCACUCUUUAAUACCUUGAGGGAGAAAAUACCCAAACUUAUGGCGGAUGGUUCUUUUUGGGUUGGUGAGAGAGCAAAGAAGGUGAAAGGUAGUCCAGUGUGGGGAAAUGUUGGCAGCGGAGCACAAAAUAUCCAGAAGAUGGUGGUUGAUAGUUCAAUGUGGGAAAAGGUGGGAGCAAGUGCCAGACAUGCAUCCAAACUAGUCGGAGACAGAGUUCCCAAGGUGGUGGUGGAUAGUUCUGCAUGGGUGGGAUCUGGAGCAAAAGCAGCAGCAGCAAAUCCCAUGUGGGAAAAAGUUGGUUCCGGGGCCAAACUGAUGGCUGACAGAUCUGUGCGUGUAGGAGCUGGGAUUGGAAGCGGGGCAAAGAAUGUGGCCCAAAGUCCAAUGUGGGGAAAAGUAGGAUCGGGGGCUAAGACUGGAGCCAAACUGAUGGCUGACGGUUCUGUGAGAGUUGGAGCCGGACUUGGUGCCGGCGCAAAGAAGGUGGCACAGAGUCCGGUGUGGGGGAAGAUGGGCUCUGGGGCCAAAGCCGGAGCCAAAAUGGUGGCUGAGAGCCCAGUGUGGGAGAAAAUGUGGAACACUGCUAAAAAGGUGCCCAAGGUGGUCAUCGCGGGUGCAUUGCUGGGUCUGGUGCUCGGUGUGUUUUUGGGUGGAGUCAUCGGUGGAGCUGUCGGUGCAGCUGCUGGGUCUGCGGCUACUGAAGUGGGAAGACGAAAACUCGCAAACAGAAACACGUCAGAUAAGACGAUUGAAGCUGCAAAAAACCUGGAGAGAAAAGUGAACGACAGCAUGGACUCACUGGUAAAACAAGGAGGGAAGGUUUUGAAAACUGAAUGAAGGGUGUUUAUAAAGUGCUUAGUAAAUGUCAAAGCACCUUUUUUGUUUGAAUUAGGAUCACCACAUUCUAUGAGUCAAGAACUGUUUCUGUUGGCCUUUCUAUGUGUGUGUUGCUUCUUAUAAAUACAGUUUAUGUAAGUGAUAAUGUAUACGAUACUUUAUAAACAACUUCAAUCUGCAAAGUAAACUUGGCACAUUACAAAGUUCUAAUGUAUAUUAUGCACUGAGCAAAAGUUGCAUCAAAUUCACCAGGAAAAUAAUUAUGCCGUUGUGUAAUAAUAAUAAUUAUUACUAUUGCCAAAUCUUUAUCAGCUAUGUAUUUAUUCAUGUUAAAUACACACAAUGUAUACACUAGAGUCAAGUAAAUUAAAAUGUCAUUUCUGUAAGUUAUGUUAAAUAUACUUUAUUAUGCAGUACACUGGUGCAUUCUCCUAACACUAAAUUUUCCCUUCUAAAUUAAACAAAAACUUUGAUUCUAA